AUGUCGGAUUCCACCGGUGAUAAUUCAAAAUCUCGAGUUGUAGUUUUAGGAGGGUGCGGCUUCAUCGGUCGGAAUCUGGUGGAGUAUUUAAUCAGCAAUGACUUAGUUAGUCACUUGCGUGUAGUGGAUAAAACUCCACCACAAUUGGCCUUCCUGAAUCCUACACACUCGAAAGCCUUCGAGGACCCCCGCGUUGAAUAUAAAAGCGCAAACCUUAUAAAUCCAGUAUCAUGCGCCAGUGCCCUCGAACCUUCAGAACAGCCCUGGUCUUUGGUGGUGAACUGCGCGGGCGAGACUCGUUUUGGUCAGACGGAAGCCGUGUACGCCGAGGGUAUACACACGCUGAGUGUAACAGUCGCCAAGCAAUGUGCUCUCAUGAAACUACGGCUCAUUGAAAUAUCCAGUGGAUGCAUGUACAGCAGUGACAAGCCCCAGAAAGAAGAUUGUCCCGUAGAACCAUGGACAGUAGAGGGUAGGAUGAAGGCCCGAGUUGAAGAGGAUUUGAAAAAUAUGGAUCUAGACUACACCAUUAUUAGACCAGCUAUAGUAUACGGUGUAGGAGAUAGAAGGAGUCUCACACCUCGUCUUCUCUAUGGUGGUAUAUACAAACACUUGGGAGAGACAAUGAAGCUACUAUGGACAGCGGACCUCAAGAUGAAUACUGUCCAUGUUCGAGACCUUUGCCGGGCCGUGUGGACCCUGGCUAAGAGAAACGACGCGAACAGACAGACAUACAACCUGGUGGAUGACGCUAAUAGCUCUCAAGGCAGUCUCGCUGAGAUUGUGUCCGAGAUAUUCAAUAUAAACCAUGAUUACUAUGGAACUGCUAUAUCAACGUUGGCUAAGAACGACAUAGCUUCAGUAGCUGAAGAGGCGAACGACAAACAUCUGACCGCGUGGGCGGAUAUAUGUAGGAAGUAUUCAUUGGAGCAUAGUCCACUUGAACCUAGCGCUGGCGCUGAACUCUUACUGAACAAACAACUGUGUCUUGAUGGAAGUAAGAUUAAAGAAAUCAUGACUAUGGAUGUUCCCGCGCCCACGGCGUCUGCAUUACUUGAGGUAAUACUUACCCUUAGUGUUGUCACACUAUAUACAGAGAAUUUUCAUGAUAAAUCAUAUAUCUAG